AUGAGUGGUAUUGAGAAGACUCAGAUUCUACAGAAAUAUCUAGACCUGCCCCAGAACGGCCGUGUCAUUGCGGAAUACGUCUGGAUCGACGGCACGGGUAACUUGCGUUCCAAGGGUAGGACUUUGAAGAAGAAGAUCACGUCGUUGGAUCAGCUGCCAGAGUGGAAUUUCGACGGCUCGUCUACAAACCAGGCUCCGGGUCACGACUCUGAUAUCUACUUGAAGCCAGUAAGUUUUUACCCGGACCCAUUCAGAAGGGGUGACAACAUCAUUGUUUUGGCAGAAUGCUACAACAACGACGGCACUCCAAACAAGUUCAACCACAGACACGAGGCUGCCAAGCUUUUCGCUGCUCACAAGGACGAGGAAAUCUGGUUCGGCCUAGAACAGGAAUACACCUUGUUCGACGAGUACGACCAAGUAUAUGGCUGGCCAAAGGGCGGCUACCCAGCACCACAGGGCCCAUACUACUGUGGUGUCGGUACUGGUAAGGUUCACGCGAGAGAUGUCAUCGAAGCGCACUACAGAGCGUGUCUAUAUGCUGGUAUUGAGAUCUCUGGUAUCAACGCGGAGGUUAUGCCUUCACAGUGGGAAUUCCAAGUCGGUCCUUGUACCGGUAUUAGCAUGGGUGACGAAUUGUGGAUGGCAAGAUACUUGCUAAGUAGGGUUGCAGAAGAAUUUGCAGUCAAGAUUUCUUUGCAUCCAAAGCCAUUGAAGGGCGAUUGGAAUGGUGCUGGUUGUCAUACCAAUGUCUCAACAAAAUCUAUGAGGGCCCCAGGUGGCAUGAAAUAUAUCGAACAAGCUAUCGAAGCCUUGUCAAAGAGACAUAUCGAACAUAUCAAGCUUUAUGGUACCGAUAACGAGCAGAGAUUGACCGGUAGACAUGAAACUGCCUCUAUGACUAGUUUCUCUUCCGGUGUUGCUAACAGAGGUUCUUCUAUCAGAAUCCCUAGAUCUGUUGCUAAAGAAGGUUACGGGUACUUCGAGGAUCGUAGACCUGCUUCUAACAUUGACCCAUACUUGGUUACCGGUAUUAUGUGUGAAACUGUCUGUGGUGCCAUUGACAAUGCUGACAUGACCAAGGAAUAUGAAAGAGAGUUCUCGUAA